AUUGAUGAAAUUAAAGAACAAGAUGAAGCAAAAACCUACUAUACUAAAGAAGGUGACCAAGAUGAUGACCCCUUAUUCUACAACCCUUGGACUGAUGUUUUUUCUAACAACAACCCUGCAGUAUAUAUUGUUUUAACUGCUGAAGUUCCUACAACACCUCUUCUAACUGUUAAUACUUCUUUGAAUAGACAACAAAGAGAGAAAUUCUUCUAA